GCUCCAGAUGAUCCGCACAAACAUCAGGAAAGAGACAGAGAAGACUCCAGCAGCUGGAGUCACACACACACACACACACACACACACACACACACAGCCCUGAGCUGGAGACGUGUCGCUGCCACACACACACACACACACCUCAUGAUUCCAGCUGAACCUUGUCCUCAGGCUCAUCGCAGCGUGUGAAACAGUCGCUGGAGAGCAGAUGAAGUGUAUCUCGCUGGAGCUCGGAGGAACACACUGGAUGGAGCAGCUCUCUGGACUCUCGUUCCCCGUGUGUCUGCUGGUGUCUGUAGUAUGUGAAGUCUGCACACAGUCACUGUUGUAUUGCUGGAGUCCUGCAGCAUGAGUAUCUCUGGGAAGUCGUGGCUCUGGCCCUCGUUCAGCAGCUUCAGGCCUCGGUCGGAGCGAGUGCUGCUGACCCGCAGCGAGAGCACACCUGGAGAACCGGUGCUGAAGAUCACCAUCACAGAGACCACGCUGAUCGAGGCCGACGCCGGCGUCUGGAGCUCCAGGGCUCUCUCAUACCUGACGCUCUGGUACUUCUUCAGCUUCUGCACGCUCUUCCUCAACAAGUACAUCCUGUCUCUGCUGGAGGGGGAGCCCAGCAUGCUCGGUGCCGUCCAGAUGCUCUCCACGACUGUCAUCGGCUGUGUUAAGACCUUCGUGCCUUGCCCCCUGUAUCAUCAUAAAUCCCGCACAGAAUACCCCCCUAACUUCCUCAUGAUCAUGCUGUUUGUGGGCCUGAUGAGGUUCACAACGGUGGUGUUGGGUUUGGUUAGUCUGAAGAAUGUGGCCGUGUCAUUCGCUGAGACGGUGAAGAGCUCAGCGCCCAUCUUCACGGUUAUAAUGUCCCGCCUCAUACUGGGAGAAUACACAGGGUUCUGGGUGAAUCUGUCUCUGGUUCCUGUGAUGGCGGGUCUGGCUCUCUGCACUGCCACCGAGGUCAGCUUCAACAUGCUGGGCUUCUCCGCCGCUCUCUCCACCAACAUCAUGGACUGUCUACAGAAUGUGUUUUCCAAGAAGCUGCUGAGUGGAGACAAGUACAGGUUCAGUCCUCCAGAGCUUCAGUUCUACACCAGCGCUGCUGCGGUCAUCAUGCUCAUACCUGCCUGGAUCUUCCUGAUGGACCUGCCUCUGAUGGGGAAGAGCGGGCGCUCCUUCACACUCUCUCAGGACAUCGUGCUGCUGCUGCUGUUGGACGGUGUGCUCUUCCACCUGCAGAGUGUCACGGCCUACGCUCUCAUGGGACGCAUCUCCCCCGUCACCUUCAGUGUGGCCAGCACGGUGAAGCACGCUCUGUCCAUCUGGCUGAGCAUCAUCGUGUUCAGUAACCCCAUCACGCUGGUGUCGGCCGCCGGGACCCUCAUGGUGUUCCUGGGAGUCCUGCUCUACAACAAGGCCAAGCAGAUUCAGAGAGACUCUCUGUUCCAGCAGGCUGUGGAGCAGUCCACCGAGCAGCAGAAGCCCAGCGCACACGACUCAGACAACACUCCUGAUCCUCACGACUAGACCAGGAGGAGCUCCUCGCCGCUCAGGACUGACAGAGGCAUGCCUUCGGGACCCUCUGUACAUUUAGUCAAACUGACAGAGACUCUUUAGGAAGAUGUAGGCAGUUAAACCCCAAACAGUUAUCAGUGUCUUCUGUGGUAUGACUGGAUUUGAUUGUAUUCCUCCACAUCCUCUCACUUGCUCUGGAUCUGGAACAGAAGAGAUGGUUUUGUUGGAUUAUGCCUGUGUAUUUUUCUCUUUUCCUGUUGUUUUCUCUCUUAGUUUGUAUGAAUUGUCUCUCUGGGAGUGUUGGUUAAGUGAUGUGACAGAAACAGACUCGUCAGAUACUCGAUCAAACUGCUGACACAAUGUCUUCAAGGUUAUGUUUAAUCAAUCGUAUCAGCUGUGGUGGGUUGUGUGUGUCAUAGUAUCAUGAUGUCUGAACAAAAACCACUUAUGGGAAGUGUCUGUAUAAUUUGGUCUUUAUUUGUGCAUUGGUUGUUUUAUAUGAAUAAACCGUGUAGGAAUGA